GCAGCUAGACGGUGCAUUGCGUUCGUUGUCGCCCGAGGAGGCGCAAACACUCGUCCAGCGUUGGAAUACCGGCACUCUGUGGUACGCCUGCAAGGGCAUCCGCUUAGUAGACAUCGUUGGCGAUCGGUUGGACUACUUGUACAAAUCUGGCUGUGUUAUAUCGGACCCGAUUGAAAUAUUAUGCCUUGUGAAUGUAGUGAAAGGUUUGCAAGAUGACUGGACCUUCAUGGCCAAGAAGAUGAUCAAGGAGGACUACAGCGGGCUGCCGGUGGAACUUUGGCGGGAAGUGUUUUCCGAGUUGGACACGGUGUCACAGACUCGGCUGCGUAUCGUCUGCUCCACGUGGAACAUGCUCAUGGAUUCGCCAGCGCUCUCGGCUCUCAUCGUCCUAGAACGCCGCUGUGUCCCAUGUAAACGGUUUCCCUGCGAACAUUUUCACCCUUUAUUGUCGGCGGCGCUUUUCAAACGUCUCCGUCCAGGCACCCGCCACGUUGCGUUGGUGGAUGGAGAGGGAACGAUGACGCCAAACGACCUGCUGAAUAUGAGCGACAUGUUGCUGUACACGGCGAAGCAUCGACCAGAAAUCCGAUUAACCGCGCUGCAUCUGAUUGGUUGGCAGAUUUCCUUCCUGGUCAACCGCGCCACCGACCACUGUGAAGAGCCAAGCCCGUGUGUGCAGCAUAAUCCCGACCCCUGGUCUGCGGGAACUUAUCGUCCACGUCUGGUUCGCGAACACUGCCGUCUGCAGGAUUUCAUUAAAAUUUUUAGUAGUUUGCCGUGCGAAUCACCGCGCCUGGUCAAUUGUACGGUCAAAUGGUUCUGCCCAUUCGACGAUCACCGGAGUAGACCGCAGAAAAGGGGUCCCGCUUUGGAGAUGGAAUUUCCGGAAGUGUGUCUGAAUGUCACCAAGGAUUUCGGUUGCAUGCUGUGGGAGGCCUGUGAAAUAAUGUUGCCGGCGCUGAGUGACGAAGAUCUGCAACAGCUGAUGCAGUGGGUCACUGGGUUGGCUGAUCCUGAUCUGGAUGAUGACGAGGAAGAGGAACUCAACGUAUCGGUAGUUGUUUGCAAGGUAUUGCGUGCCACGCAGUCCAAUGACCCGCGUUCGUCGUCGCAUUACCGCGGAAAGCAUUGGUGCUACGAAGGUCUUGAAGGGCUGCAGUUGGAGAAGCUGUCGCGUAUUGCGCUGCUCUUCCUCUGGCAGCUAGCGCUGCCAUCGGAAAAGGGAUGGCGAUACGGCUGAUAAUCGGUGGCCAAUGGCCAAAUCGGCCGUUUUUUCAAGAGAAGUGUGUGCAUUUUCUGUUUGCGCGCACUCGUUCUGUUUCGUAUAUUACAGCAAUGAACAAGUUUAGUGUUACGUUUUUAUAGUUUUUACAAUAUUUUGACUGGGGCGAUGUUCAAUCGGAUU